AUGACUAUAAAUAAGCAGACCCGCCAACCGUCCAUCGCCAUUUUACAGGUUAUUGAAGGGGAGCAGAAUAUGUCGGGAAGAGGCAAAAGCAGUGGCGGGAAAGUCCGGGCUAAAGCUAAAACACGAUCAUCCCGGGCUGGACUGCAGUUUCCAGUCGGUCGAGUGCACCGGCUGCUACGCAAGGGGAACUAUGCCGAUCGAGUGGGGGCUGGCGCCCCUGUUUACCUGGCGGCUGUGCUCGAGUACCUGACCGCCGAAAUCCUGGAGCUGGCGGGAAACGCGGCCCGCGACAACAAGAAGUCGCGCAUCAUCCCCCGCCACCUGCAGCUCGCCAUCCGCAAUGAUGAGGAGCUCAACAAGCUGCUGGGCGGUGUCACCAUCGCCCAAGGCGGCGUGCUUCCUAAUAUACAGGCCGUCCUGCUGCCUAAGAAGUCGAGUUCGGGCCCUUCCACAGCCGGGAGUAGCGGCGGAAGCAAGUCCAGCAGCAAGAAGAGCUCGCAGCAGUCGCAGGAUUAUUAGGGCGCCCCGUAGCGGACUGGAGGACGUGCACCGGCUGGAGGACUCGUAAGAGAAAUGGACUUUUAAAAAGCUUUGAGUCCAAUAAGACCUUUCUCGGGACCUCUCAUGGACGAGAGGCUGUGAGGCUCCUGCCCUUUCAUGAAUUUUAUGCUGUUUUGUUACCAAAUUUAAGUUCCAAUUUUUAUGAAGUUCUAUGUUCUCGUUUCUUGGACUUUUAUUGAGUUUUCUGGUUUGCAAUUGAAUGAAAUUGUUAUUGUUUCUGUUAUUGAAUCGUGGCGGCCCUCUUUUGCAUCGCCGCACGUGGUUCGUUUUGUGAAUUUUGUUUUGGAGUUCAAAAGCUGUUAAUGGUUUAUUCAAGUUUCUUUAGAGUUGGCUUGCACAAGCAAUUCCUCGAGUGCCUUCUUCAUGUUGUUCGUAAACCUGUAAUAAAAUGUUUAAGGGCUUUUGCUCGUUUAAAAAAAUUUACUGAAAAUUCGAAUUAGUUUUUUGAUAACCGUUAAGCAACCUUUGUUACGUGAUCAGCCCAUCCUGUUUCAACUAGGAUGUGUUCUAAUGUAGAAUUCUGUACCUUAACUGACAUCAAAAUCUGCAGUACACCGGCAAGACGAAUUGUUCAACCUAUGAAGACCUUUGAAUAAAUGUACACUGCUGGUUCAGAAUAAAGAUUUUCCUGUUUACAUAAAA